AUGGGAUUGACAAUUUCGGGUCUUUUUGGACGGUUGUUUGGAAAGAAACAGGUGCGUAUUUUAAUGGUUGGUCUCGAUGCUGCUGGAAAGACAACUAUAUUGUACAAAUUGAAGCUUGGUGAAAUUGUUACAACUAUUCCAACAAUUGGAUUCAAUGUAGAAACAGUUGAGUACAAGAACAUAUCUUUUACUGUAUGGGAUGUUGGUGGGCAAGAUAAAAUCAGGCCCUUGUGGAGGCAUUACUUCCAAAAUACUCAGGGAUUAAUAUUCGUUGUAGAUAGCAACGACAGGGAACGAAUUGAAGAAAGUCGUGAAGAGUUGCACAAAAUGCUUAAUGAAGAUGAAUUAAGAGACGCUACUUUGCUUGUUUUUGCUAACAAACAGGACUUGCCAAAUGCCAUGAGUGCUGCAGAACUUACGGAUAAACUUGGUCUUCAUAAUCUUCGUUCACGACAGUGGUAUAUUCAAGCAACUUGUGCUACUCAAGGUCAUGGCCUUUAUGAGGGAUUGGACUGGUUGGCAAAUCAACUUUCCAAAAGUUGA